AUGAUUAUGAAGGUUCAGUAUUUUUAAAAACCGUUAGGAAAAUGGUUAAGGAAGUUGAAAAUAUUGUAGAUAAAGCCGCCAAAGCUCACAGGGAGGCUGUUUUAAGAUCGAGUAAUGAAUUGCAGGAAGAAUUGCAGGAAGACAGGGAGGCUGUUUUAAGAUCGAGUAAUGAAUUGCAGGAAGAAUUGCAGAAAGACAGGGAGGCUGUUUUAAGAUCGAGUAAUGAAUUGCAGGAAGAAUUGCAUGAAGUAACUAAAGAAAUAGUUGACAAGAAGAGAUGAUUAUUGAAUAAGAAAAAGUGAUUGAAAUGUUGAAAAUGUUUUUUUCUUAGAUUUUGAUAUAAUUCGAUUUUAAUUGAAAAGGAAGAAGUAGUACUAUAAAUCUGAGAAAAAAGAUGUUUUUAUUCUAAAUAAAUCAUAAGAUAUUAAUAACCAUCAAAAAAAUCAAUAUAACUAUUUAAAUUUUUAUGUAAUUUAUUUUAUAAAUAAAUAAAAUAAAU